AGUAUUUAGUAAGGUAGAGCAGGAAGCGAGAUAAAAGGAGCCAUUUACAGUGGUAGAGAUAGGACUCGACGAGGAGGUGCUCAAAUGGAAGUGGAGAGAGUGCAGUCCCUUGCUUCAGUAGGCCUCAAUGAGCUGCCGUCGCAGUUUGUGCGGCCCGCUCACGAGCAGCCUGCUAAUACCAAGGCCGUCCAAGGAGUCAAGGUGCCCAAGAUCUCUCUAUCUCAACCAGAUCAUGUUGUCAAGGAUCAAGUUGCUAGUGCAUCCAGGGAGUGGGGGUUCUUCGUGCUCACUGACCAUGGCAUCUCGGCCGAUCUCAUCAGAUGUCUCCAGGACUCUGGGAAGGAGUUCUUCCAGCUCCCACAGGAAGAGAAGGAGAGAUAUGCCAAUGACCCAACAUCCGGAAACAUGGAGGGAUAUGGCACCAAGAUGACCAAGAACCUUGAGCAGAAGGUAGAGUGGAUUGAUUACUAUUUCCACCUCAUGGCUCCUCUUUCCAGGGUCAAUUACAAGCUGUGGCCUACCAAUCCUCCGUCCUACAGAGAAGUGACAGAGGAAUAUGGAAAGGAAGUAAUGAGAGUGGUGGAUCAGUUAUUGGAGCUGCUUUCUGUGGACCUCGGCCUGGAACGAACAGCCCUAAAGGCUACUAUUGGGGGUGACAGGAUUGAGUUGGAGAUGAAGAUCAACUUCUACCCGCCAUGCCCGCAACCUGAACUAGCCCUAGGGGUUGAGCCCCACACAGACAUGAGUGCGCUCACCUUACUCGUCCAAAACGAUGUCCCAGGCCUUCAGUUGUGGAAGGACGGCAACUGGGUCACUGUUGAUUACUCGCCAGACGCCCUAUUUGUCCACAUCGGUGACCAGAUGGAGGUUUUGAGCAAUGGGAAAUACAAGAGCAUUCUUCAUAGGAGCCUGGUGAGCAAGGAUCAGAAGAGGAUGUCGUGGGCCGUGUUUUGCGCACCCCCAGGGGAUGCUGUGAUUGGACCUCUUCCUCAGCUGGUUGGUGAUGACAACCCGCCAUUGUUUAAUACCAAGACGUACAAGGAGUUUCAGUACCGCAAGUUCAAUAAGCUCCCGCAGUAAGAAAAAAUCUCUCAAGGGAUUAGUCAGCUCACAUGCAUGCCAGCCAAUAAAACUAGAAGAGUAAUUCAAAUAGCAUCACUGUGUUUCUUUGUAUGGCUUAGUAAGUCUCCGUUAUUUAGGGCCUGAACCUGAGACCUCAAUGUUGAAACCCUGUUUAUGGAAGAAGAUCCUCAGUUCAGUCUGUAUUGGAAUCAAUAUUUACCUCUAUAUAUAAUUUUAUCCAUUUGAAGA